CUCGCCUUUGUGAACCAGACCUGCCGUCAGGGUAACAUGCCCUCCUACUACAUCGAAGUCACCGAUGACACUGAUGUCAGGGAGGCGAUGCAUUUCUCCAACUGCAGCGGCACGCGUCUCGUGAUCAAGAACAGUGGACACGAUUAUCUGUCCCGCAGCAGCGGCAAGGGCACCUUGGCCCUGUGGACGCGCAAGUUGCAGGACCUUAGCUACAGCUCCGCCUUUGUUCCCUCUGGCUGCCAGUCGACCUACAACGCCAUCACCGCUGGCGCCGGUGUCAACUUCGAUGAGGCCUAUGCUUUCGCCCAUGAGAACAACGUCACCAUCUUGGGUGGUUACUCUCCCACUGUCGGUCUUUCGGGUGGAUGGGUCAUGAACGGCGGCCACUCGGUUCUCUCCCCGGUGUAUGGUCUCGGUGUUGAUCGUGUCGUGCAGUACAAGGUUGUCACUCCCGAUGGCCAGCUGCGCAUCGCCAACGAAUGCCAGAACGAGGACCUUUUCUGGGCCCUGCGUGGUGGCGGUGGUGGUACCUUCGGUGUCGUCCUGGAGAGCACACACCGCGUCGAACCUACCAUCAGCUUCGUCGCAGCCAUCAUCAAGUUCACCAGCAACUCCACCAACGUCUUGCCUUUCAUGGAUAUCGUUGUUAACAACACUCUGAAGUGGGCCCAGGAAGGCUGGGGCGGUCACAUUACCGGCGACACCCUGGUCAAUGUGUCCCCUCUGCUCUCAGUUGACGAAGCUGAAGAGUCUCUGGCCGAAGUGGUGGCCUACGCUAAGGCGCAGGGCGGCUCCGCUGUCAUCGAGGCGUUUUCUUCUUGGUAUGACUUCUAUGAGAAGUACGUUACCUCCACCUCCGUUAGCGUUGGUGUCACCCACUUUGCCGGCAGUCGCCUGGUUCCCUCUUCGGUCUUUGAGACGGCCGAGGGCCGUGCCAACCUGAUGGACUUCUUCGAGCUUAUUCUGGCCAACGGCCAGAGCCCCUACAUCCCCGUUGUCGGACCCGUUCUGUACAACUACACCGAGGGCUCCACCAGUGCUUCCCCCGCUUGGCGUCAGGCCAUCUGGGAGCUGGGAUCGGGUAGCUCCUGGGCCUGGAACAGCACCCUGCCGACUCGUGAGCAGAAGAUUGCCACCUUGCAGAACAUGACUGCCACGCUCGAGCGUAUCACCCCUGGCAGUGGAGCCUACAGCAACGAGGCCAAUCCUUUCACCGAGGACUGGCGUGAGGCUUGGUGGGGAGACAACUACGACAAGCUUCUUUCCAUCAAGGAGAAGUAUGAUCCCACGGGUCUUCUGAGCUGCUGGAAGUGCAUUGGCUGGGAGGAGUCCCAGGCCAACAGCACCUGCUUUGCGGCCUUUGACUGAGCAGUGACACCAAGCUGCAUUCCACAGUCCGCAAGAAUUGUAUAUAUGGUUCCGAAUUCCGUGAGGUUGAUAUCGUUUUUUCCGUACCCACGACGCGUUGAUCAGUAAUACGUCAGCAUUAGAUGAUAUAUGGUUUUAAUGA